AUGAGCGCAUCUGCAGCCGUAGCCCGAAGGGCUGCUGUGAGGAACCCCUUGCUAGGAAAUGCUCAGGUUCUCUCACGAGGUCUCACGCCCGCGUUGAUGGCCAGGCAUGUGGGUAGACAGUCAAAAGUGUCAGCAUUGGCUCUGUUAAUCCCCGGGCGAUUCGUCAGCACCGAUCAUCAUCGACCCGACACUCAUACCGGCCCACCUCCGGGGUUCAACAUGGAACAGGCUAAGAAGCCGUUGCCCAAGGGAAACAACGCUGCCGCGGCCAAAGACGGCGAUGCCAAGACGGCGUCAGCAGGAACCAGUCAACCAGACACAACCACGGAGGAAGCUCAAAUGACCGAAUUGGCUACCAAGAUGGACAAUCUUGCGCACGAAAAGGAGAUGACCAAGGCAGAGAAGCAGGAAAAGAAGCUCACCAUGUGGCAAAAGGUCAAGAAAGAAGCCCAACACUACUGGGACGGCAGCAAGCUGCUUGCUACCGAAGUCAAAAUCAGCUGGAGACUGGCUCUCAAGAUGGCUGCCGGGUAUGAUUUGACCCGAAGAGAAAACAAGCAACUCCGACGAACUGUGCAGGAUCUGGGACGUCUGGUUCCCUUUUCUGUUUUCAUCAUUGUACCUCUGGGUGAAGCACUCCUUCCCUUGGCCUUGAAGCUGUUCCCCAACAUGCUUCCAAGCACCUUUGAAGGAGAAAAGUCAAAAGAAAAAAAGGCCACCGUUUUGCGUUCCACCCGCAAGGAGGUGAGCACCUUCUUGCGACAGACUCUCAAGGAAACAGGCUUGCCACUGAGCCAGGCUACCGCUCAAAAGGAAGAGUUUGCGAACUUCUUUCGAAAAGUUCGUUCGACUGGCGAAACACCCACGCACCAGGACGUCAUCAAGGUCUGCAAGGUGUUCCGCGACGACAUGACUCUUGACAACCUCUCACGCCCUCAGUUGGUGUCCAUGUGCCGAUACAUGAACCUCAACACCUUUGGGACGGACAUGAUGCUGCGCUACCAGAUUCGCCACCGCAUGAGACAGAUCAAACGAGACGACAAGGCCAUUAGUUUCGAGGGUGUCGACAGCUUGACGGUAUCGGAAUUGCAGAUGGCCUGUGCCGCUCGCGGUAUCAGAACGCAUAGCGUGUCCCCGGCCCGUAUGCGCACUGACCUGCAGUCGUGGCUCGAUCUUCGUCUGAAGGAAGGCGUCCCCUCGACCCUGCUUGUACUUAGCAAUGCAUACAUGUAUGGUCAGGGGUCUGGUGAAGGUGCAAGCCAGGUGGAUGCGCUAGUUGGCGUGUUGUCCUCCAUCCCCGAGGAGCUUUUCCACGAGAUUGAGCUCGAGGUUCACAAUGCCGAGGGCGCUGCCACCAACAAGCAGCGUCUGGAAGUUCUCAAGGAGCAGCAAGAGCUUAUCGAGGAGGAGAAUGAACAGAACGAAGAGAGCCAGAGCACGGGCAUGGCUACUCCUCGUGAUGUCGAGGACAUUGAUGAGAAGGAAGAGAGACUCCAUACUGCUGAAGCGGCAGGCGUUGAGGAAAAGUUGGCCAGCGAAAUGGUUGACGCUGAGGGUGAACAAGCUCGGCUUGUUGAGCAACAGGAUGCCACAACCAAGGCAGACAAAAAAUAA